GUGGGGUGUAAGGAGGUGGAGCCGCGUCCUCCGGUGGGCCUGGGAUUGGCAUGCUGGGGCAGGAGGCUGUGUCAGGUGUGAAAGGCUCUGAGUGUUUCCACAACGGUCUGUGUCUGUGUGUCAGUGUGGGGGCACGGUGUGUUUGGGAGUGAGUAUGUGUGAUUGUGAGUCUCGAGUGUGACUUUGUUUAUGGGCUGUGCACUUGGGCAGGAGUGUGUGAAGACGAACAGGAGCAUGAGGGAGAGCCUGGGCUUGGGGAAGGCCCUGUGUGAGCGCCCAGUAGAGAGUGAGCGUGUGUGAGCCGGUGCGGACACCUGAGGACCCAGGUGAGGGGGAGUGUGUGAAGCCACCACCGGCCCUUGUGUGCCUGCUUUGGGCUUUUGAAUGGAGGAUGCCCAAGUGAGGGGGCAAUCAUCGAGGUCCCCAACAUCUGAAGAAAAUUGAGAGGUGACCAGCGUCAUGUCCAGCCAGGUGGUGGGCAUUGAGCCUCUCUACAUCAAGGCAGAGCCAGCCAGCCCCGACAGCCCAAAGGGUUCCUCGGAGACCGAGACUGAGCCCCCCGUGGCCCUGGCGCCUGGCCCAGCUCCCACCCGCUGCCUCCCAGGCCACAAGGAAGAGGAGGAUGGGGAAGGGGCUGGGCCUGGCGAGCAGGGUGGUGGGAAGCUGGUGCUCAGCUCCCUCCCCAAACGCCUCUGCCUGGUCUGUGGGGAUGUGGCCUCCGGCUACCACUAUGGUGUGGCGUCCUGUGAGGCCUGCAAAGCCUUCUUCAAGAGGACCAUCCAGGGGAGCAUCGAGUACAGCUGUCCGGCCUCCAACGAGUGCGAGAUCACCAAGCGGAGACGCAAGGCCUGCCAGGCCUGUCGCUUCACCAAGUGCCUGCGGGUGGGCAUGCUCAAGGAGGGAGUACGUCUGGACCGUGUGCGAGGCGGGCGACAGAAGUACAAGCGGCGGCCGGAGGUGGACCCGCUGCCCUUCCCGGGCUCCUUUCCUGCUGGACCCCUGGCAGUAGCCGGAGGCCCUCGGAAAACCGCCCCCGUGAAUGCACUGGUGUCCCACUUGCUGGUGGUUGAGCCUGAGAAGCUAUACGCUAUGCCCGACCCGGCGGGCCCCGACGGACACCUCCCAGCCGUGGCUACCCUCUGUGACCUCUUUGACCGAGAGAUUGUGGUCACCAUCAGCUGGGCCAAGAGCAUCCCAGGCUUCUCGUCAUUGUCACUGUCCGACCAGAUGUCAGUCCUGCAGAGCGUCUGGAUGGAGGUCUUGGUGUUGGGCGUGGCCCAGCGCUCACUGCCCCUGCAGGACGAGCUGGCCUUCGCAGAGGACCUGGUUCUGGAUGAGGAGGGGGCACGCGCCGCCGGCUUGGGGGAACUGGGGGCUGCGCUGCUGCAGCUGGUGCGGCGACUGCAGGCCCUGAGGCUGGAGCGCGAGGAGUACGUCCUGCUGAAGGCCCUGGCCCUUGCCAAUUCAGACUCUGUGCACAUCGAGGACGCCGAGGCUGUGGAGCAGCUGCGCGAAGCUCUACACGAGGCCCUGCUGGAGUAUGAAGCAGGCCGGGCGGGCCCCGGAGGGGGUGCUGAGCGGCGGCGGGCAGGCAGGCUGCUGCUCACGCUACCACUCCUUCGCCAGACAGCGGGCAAAGUGCUGGCCCAUUUCUAUGGGGUGAAGCUGGAGGGCAAGGUGCCCAUGCACAAGCUGUUCUUGGAGAUGCUCGAGGCCAUGAUGGACUGAGGCAAGGGGUGGGCAUGGGUGGGGGUGCUGGCAGGACCCGCCCAGUAUGGGGUCAGCCCCAAGGGGGCAGAACUGGGGUCCGGGCAGUGCCACAGCCUGCUGGCAGGGCCAGGGCAAUACCAUCAGCCCCUGGGAGCGGGCCCUACGCCCUCCCCUCCCCCCUCCCAGGGGGUCUUAGAAGCUGGGAAUGUGUGCGCCCAGGCUCUGGGCACAGUGCUGCCCCUUGCAAGCCAUAACGUGCCCCCAGAGUGUAGGGGGCCUUGCGGAAGCCAUAGGGGGCUGCAGGGGACAUGUGGGGGGGCAGAAGCCUGAUCUCAGGGAGGGAAGGGAGUGGAG